UACACUGUAGACAAAGCUAAAACCCUAAAACUCAUCGUUCCUUUCUCUCUUGCCAAAACCCUAAUGGCGCUUAACUACGCUCUUCGAACUGUUGCUGCCAAAUUCGUACCCUCCGCUUCGAGAUUUGUACCUUUGGCGGCCACCGCCUCUGCCGGAGUCCAUAGAUACCUGCACCACCACCAAACCUCUGCUGUUUUCGCCGUCGCCGGAGUCAACAAUCUGCUGGACCUUUUUCAGAGGACAUCUCCGUCGCUUAUCCGUCGGUACUCCAGCAAACCAAGCUCUGAUGAGUCACUUCUCCGAGUAAUCGAGUCUGAAAUCCAAUGUGCUGAGGAGUCGCAGGAUCCGGAUCAGGUCGAGGAAGCUCCACAGGAUUUCCCAUACAAAAUUGAAGAUCAUCCAGGUGAGCAGACUAUAACGUUAACUCGAAAAUACACCCGUGCAAAUAACAAAGUCGAAGAUAUUACUGUGGAAGUUCACAUGCCUGACCUCACUGCUGCCGAGGAAAAUGAGGAUGAUGACAAAGGUGAGGAAGAGAUGAAAGAAUCGGGAAGUCAACCGAGUAUACCUCUGGUUGUUAGAGUCUCUGUGAAGGAUGAACCAUUUCUCGAGUUUGGUUGUACUGCAUACCCCGACGAGAUUAUCAUUGAUACAUUGUCCAUCAAGGAUCCCACUGGUUCCGAGGAUCAAAUGGCAUAUGAAGGACCUGAUUUUGCGGACUUGGAUGAGAACUUGCAGAAGGCUUUCCACAAGUUCUUGGAGGUUCGGGGAAUCAAGCCCAGCACGACCAAUUUCUUGCACGGGUACAUGCUCGAGAAAGACGACAGAGAAUACAUAACUUGGCUUAAGAACUUGCACAAGUUCGUCGAGGCAUAGAUCGAAUUGCAGCAAUUUUGAUGGAUCAUGAAAGCCCACCAUUGUUAUAGGUACAAACAAGUAUCCAUGAAUGAAAUUUCAAGAAUUGAUGUUUUCAAGAAUUGGUCUUUUGACAGUCCAACUUAUUUCAUAUCAUAGAAAUCUUGAAACUUGCAUGACUCUUACAUGAUAGAUACAUAAUCUGCUGUGGG